CCUGUUUAUUACCUGGAAAAACAUAAAAUUUUGUCCAAUUGUUAAUAUAGAUUUAAAAAUGGAGAAAUUCACAGCUGUAAGCUUAAAAAAAAGCGAAUGAAAGAAUGGCAGAUUUGACAGCCUGACAAAUAAUGUCAAAAUGGCAGCGGGGCCGAUUGCCGAAAGAAACCAAGAUGCCACUAUUUAUGUUGGCGGUCUUGAUGACAGGGUUUCGGAGACCUUACUCUGGGAACUCUUCGUUCAAUCAGGACCAGUGGUUAAUGUGCAUAUGCCCAAAGAUCGUGUGACACAAACUCAUCAAGGCUAUGGCUUUGUUGAAUUUAUGGGUGAAGAAGAUGCUGACUAUGCAAUAAAGGUGAUGAAUAUGAUAAAACUCUAUGGUAAACCGGUCAGAGUAAAUAAGGCAUCAGCCCAUCAGAAGAAUUUGGACGUAGGAGCCAAUGUGUUCAUAGGAAACUUAGACCCCGAAGUAGACGAGAAACUUCUUUAUGACACAUUCUCUGCAUUUGGUGUCAUUUUGCAGACUCCAAAGGUAAUGAGAGACCCUGAGACUGGAAAUUCAAAGGCAUUUGCUUUCAUUAACUUUGCCUCAUUUGAAGCCUCCGAUGCUGCUAUAGAAGCUAUGAAUAAUCAGUAUCUCUGUAAUAGACCAAUAUCAGUGUCUUAUGCAUUCAAGAAAGAUGUUAAAGGGGAGAGGCACGGUUCCGCUGCAGAAAGAUUGCUCGCAGCGCAAAAUCCGCUAUCCCACGCGGACCGUCCUCAUCAACUAUUCGCAGACGCACCUCCCACUAUGAUGGGCCCAGUGCUAAUGGCACCGCCGCCACCGCCAACGCCGUCACCGAUGCCACCGCCAGGCCCACCAAUGGGGGCGCGGCCUCCACCCCCAUUACCUAUGACGGCACCACCACCCCCUCCUUCGUCAAUGCCACCACCGGGACCGCCGCCGCCACCAGGACCGCCGCCUCCCCCACCCCCGUUCCAUCACUUCCCCCCACCUCCAUUUGGACCCCCAGGGUUCGGACCGCCCCCUCCCCCAGGAGCAAGACCGCCACCGCCAUGGAGACCACCACCUCCGUCUUUCAGGCCGCAGUUCCCGCCACGUGGACCGCCACCGUUCGGACAUCCACCAUUCCCUCCGCAUCAUCCGCCGGAGAAUUACUCUUAUUAGCUACUAAGAUAAUAAAAAAAGUGAUUUUCAUAAUGUGUUUCAUUACAAUAUAUCAUUAUUUAAGUACCUUUGUGUUCAUUUGGCGACGCUCUUACCUAUGAAUGCACCUCCACCCCUGCCUUCUUCAAUACCACAGCCGUCACCACCCCUGUUUCAUCACUUCCCCCUACCUCCAUUCGGAAUUUCGGACACCCAGGUUUUUUUUUUCAUAACGUGUUUUAAAUCUGCCAGUAUUUCAGUAGGUAUAUGGGUCAAAAUUAGAGAGGUGAGCGUUAUAUGAAUAAAAUAACAUGGUAUUACUAAAAUAUUUUUUUCAAAAUAAAGGUUCUGU